UACUGGAAGGAAUUAUUGUAGUUUCACCAAAAUAUUUUCCAAGCAAACUACGUGUAUAUAACAGCUGAUGUAUGGGGUCAGUCAUUUCUGCUUUACCAAGAAAACCUCCAAUAAGUGUGAACAUGAGCAGCCCACAGGCAGAUAUGAUUCGAGAGAUUAUAGCUAAUAAUAAAGUUGUUAUCUUCUCUAAGAGCUACUGUCCUUAUUGUACAAUGGCAAAAGAGCAAUUUCGCAAGCUUUCCGUGGCCGCACAUGUAGUUGAGCUAGAUGGCCGUAAUGAUGCUGACGAAAUCCAAAAUAUACUUGGGGAGUUAACAGGCGGUAGAACCGUACCAAGAUGCUUUAUUGAUGGAAAAUUCAUUGGAGGAGGCACUGAUGUUAAAAAGAUGUACGAACAGGGAACCCUUCAAAAGUAUUUUACUUAAAACUGACUUCCAUUAAUAAAAAAAAAAUCUUCGUAAAUAUAUUGCUGUAUGGCAUUAGGU